GUUGAUUGCAAAGUAUCUGGAUCUCGUUCACUAGAUUACUCAGGGGAUGUAAUGACAAGAAGGGGACAUGCAUCCUUUUGAAUACUAGGAAAGGAGAUGAAAUACGGAGCCAGACCAGCACUGGGAUUGCGCUUUCACGAAUGCAGGGUCUGAGCAUCUUUCAGGAUGCACUCGCCACCAGAAAAAGCAGCAGACUAACCUCCAGAUUCCACAACCCCAAGGAUGUGGGGCCUUUGUAUGAGUCGGUCCUGGGAUCUUCACAUAAUAAAUACAAUUCAACUUCCUACGACCUGCUCUGUCGGGAUUCUGUGACAGCUGUGAGCAACGGAGAAAAUGGCCCCCAGUGCGUUUACAUCGGCCCUUUGUGCCGGCCUGCAGUUUGCAGCCGCCGUCUCUGCACUCCAACCUUCCAAUCAUGCCGUUGCGACCAGGGACUCAACAGUGCCUGCUCCGCUGUUUGCGUACGAGAAGAAGCAGCUUACGAUCGAGCGCAUCGCAGCAUUGUCGCCGGAAGAUGCCGCGCUCAUCGAUUUCGACGACGACGCAGUUGAUUCCGACGUAAUUAUCGACAAGCCAAAGGGAUUUUGCAAAGUGUUUCCUGGUGACGAUGACUGGCCCUCUGAUGACAAGUGGGACAAGUUCGAUGAGUUGGUUGAUGGCGCACUCAUUCCAACAAUCCCUCUUGCAGCACCGUGCUAUAAGAAUUGGGGCCUAUACAAUCCACAACAGUGUGCGAAGAUUGCGAACCAAUCAGUCGAUCCUUAUCUCCAUGAGGCGGAUCCAACGUCCAACAUGUGGCCGGUCUUCCAAGGCCGGACAUGUGUUGCUAUCGACAGGCCUGAUGGCACUUGCUCACUGGGGGGAUUCCCAGCUUACGCUGUUAAUGUCUCUUCCGUGGAGCAAAUUCAACUCACCUUGAACUUCGCGCGAAACAAUAACUUGCGUUUAGUCAUCAAGAAUACUGGCCAUUGCUACCUCGGGAAGAGUCUUGGAGCCGGUUCCCUCAGCAUCUGGACGCACAACCUGAAGAACCUUGAGUUCAUUGAGAACUACAAGAGCGAUUCUGGGUAUGAGGGCCCUGCAGUGAAGGCAGCCGCAGGGGUGACAGUGCGAGAAGUCUACCAGUUUGCCGAGAAAAACAAUGCCAUUGUGCUCGGUGGAAUCUGCGAGAGUGUUGGAUUCACUGGCGGUUACCUUGCUGGUGGUGGCCACACUCCCAUGUCCGGUUACUACGGCAUGGCCGCAGAUAAUGUCGAGGCGCUGGAAGUAGUAACAGCUGAUGGUCACUUCGUCACAGCGUCCAAUACGUCUCAUCCAGAUUUGUAUUGGGCCCUUCGCGGUGGAGGAGGUUCGACAUUCGGUGUUGUCACUUCGGUCAUUGUUCGCGCCCACCCUCAAGUCCCGAUAGUAACGUCGACCAUAAAAUACGCAACCUCAGCCAACGUCAGUAGAGAGCUCUUGUGGGAAGGAACUCGCAAGUACUUCGAGCUUUUCAUCCCUUUCACAGAUGCGCACACCUACUCGUACUUCUGGAUCUGGGCUCGCGGUGGAGUGAAUGGCACCCUCUCAUUCGAGAUGCAACCGUUCUUCGCACCUAACCAUACGAUAGAGUCAUUCAACGAGCUCGUAAAGCCCUGGUUCGAUCACCUCCGCGCCCUCAACAUCCCGUUCACAGCCGAAACAAAGCUCCAUAACACUUUCUACUCUGCAUACCACGAGAACUGGGGCAACGACACUGUGGGAUCCUCAGCUACUGUGCCGGGGAAUCGACUCUUCCCUCGCGGUAACUGGGAGGAUCCUGAGAAGUUCAACAGAACGUUCGACGCCAUUCGCAGACACAGCUUAGUAAAUGCCCGAACAGUGGGAGGAUAUCAUCAAGCGCCUCGCAACCGCCUCAACGUCGACAACGCCGUGUCUUCGGCCUUCCGACAUGUUAUUUCUUUCCUCAUCGGUGCUUCUCUCAUCGAAGGCGACGUAAACGCAACCCCGGAGCAAGUCAAGAAGGCUACAGACGUGCUGAUCAACGAUGUCAUCGGGCCUUGGAAGAAGGUUGCGCCGGACAGUGAAUUCGGCGGCAGUUACCUCAACGAAGCAAAUGUCGUUGAACCGGACUGGCAGUCGAGUUUCUAUGGUGUUCAAUACCCGCGGCUGCUAGAGCUAAAGAAGAAGUGGGAUCCUAGGAGCGUAUUCUACGCCACAACAGCAGUGGGAAGCGAGGAGUGGGAGGUAUUAGACGGAGAGCAGGGAACGCAAACACAGAACGGACGCCUAUGUCGUGUCUAG